GCGGCGGCGGCGGGGCGGCAGCACCAUGGAGAGCUGCCGGGCGCUGGCGCUCUGCGCCGUGGCGGCCGCGCUGCUGCUGGGCGCCCGCGGGCAGGGGCCGACCCCGCCGCGCCGCGCCCGCGACCUGGGGACCCCCGGCGGCGGCGGAAACGACGGCGGCGCCUCCAGAGAGAAGGAGCUGAUCGAGGCGCUGCAGGAGGUGCUGGAGAAGCUGAAGAGCAAGAGAGUCCCGCACUACGAGAAGAAGUUCGGGCAGGUGCCCAUGUGCGACGCCGGGGAGCAGUGCGCCGUGAGGAAGGGGGCCCGCAUCGGGAAGCUCUGCGACUGUCCCCGGAGAACUUCGUGCAAUUCCUUUCUCCUCAAGUGCCUGUAAGCGGGGGCGCCCCGGGACAAGCCGCCGGGAGCGCAGGCACCGACGUCUCCCCUCCCCGACGUGCCGGCCCGGGGCGGUGGCGGCGACUUCCCUCUGCUCGUCCGCCCGUGAAACGCAGUGAGAGGCCCCCGUGUCGCCCGUGUAACGCCGUCCGUGACAUCUGACAUCCGUGGAGCUGUUUUCUUUCUCUCCUACCCCCUUCUUCCUCCCCUCCUUCCCCGUUUGAUUUUGUCCGUCCAGGAAAAACCCAACCCGUGCCUUGCAGAGUAGAGGUGCCGGUACCGGGAGUUGCAGUGUCGUGCUGGUGCAGAGCCGAGUUGUAUGGCCGGCCCCGUACCGUGCCCCGGGGUGUCUGGUCCCUUCCCGAGGCGAGGAACAUCCACCCGCUGCCGGCCGGAGGGGCCGGGGCCAGGGGAUCCCCUGGGUGGUUGUGAGUGUGGGGGGAAGGAUGUGUUCAAAACACCCUGACCCCCUUUUUCUCACCCUGCAGCUGAGAGGGCCCAUCUUGGCAUACCGCCGGUUUCAGGUUGAGUCCAGCCAUGCUCACCCUGUGCUGGAGAAAGUCCCACAU